GGAGAAGGUGCUUAGAAAUGGAACUCAUUUCCUUUCAACAAAACGUCCUCAAGCUGGCGCUGCUGAACCCCAUGGACACUGACCGACUUUGUUGACGUCAUGAUGUGACGUCACAUGACUGUUAAGAAAUCAAACCAAUAUUAAACAAUGACAGCUAAACGGUCCAACAUAAACAUAUUUUCUGUUGAGAACAAAGUGCAUGGAUCUCAGCAGACGUCGAAAUCACGACAGGAAGGAAACCACAUACACCAUUCAGACGGACUGCCAGACAAGAUACACGAACAGCUUCGCCGACAUCGAUACAUGCAGGUUUUAUUCUUUAUCAUCAUUCUGGGUAUCGACACAAUGGAUUUUGUUGCUGACUGGCUGUUCUACACGAACGUCAGAAUCGCUGAACAGGGGCUGGUGUACGGAGUUCCCGACCAGAAAGCCGUAACGGCCCUGUUCUUCUUUUCCAUCAUCGGUUCGCUGACUUUCUUCUUUGAAACGACCAACCUCGGAAUGGCGACCUUCACCGGGCAUUCGUGGCUACACAUGGACCUGGUUUGCGCAGUGACAAUGUGGGUGGAGGAUAUCCCGCAGAUAAUGAUAAACGUCUACAUCUCGCUGUGCCGCGAGGACCCCAUCAGCGUCUUCCAACUGACCAAGGCCGCGGUCGUCAUCCUCGGCAUCGUUAUCCGAAUCGUCAUCUUAUCUGUCAAGUACUGUAGCCACGACAGUCUCGUCGAGCUCAAACAGCGCAACCCGGAGUCGCGACGCCACGUUACCUACCGCGUCUUCAUCAUGAUAGGACUCGUCUUCAAAAUGGCUGGGGCCGUCACCAUCUUCAUCCUCACGCAGACGAGCAGGGACCUCAGCGGGAAGGUCAUCUUUGAGGUCCCCGACACCAUCUUCAAGGCCCGUUACCACGACGCCAGGUACUUCCACAACGUGAGCGUGUACUUACACCACCCGACGUUCGACUACACCGAUGACACACCGAACGACACCAACAGCCACUGGAUGCGACUCAUCACCAUCAACAGCAUUCGGAACCUGCCCGAGAAGGAAAUGAUGUUCGACUAUGAGUUUCAGGAUCUGCCGAAUGAACUGAAGAUGAUUCUGUGGGAGAACGACGGGGGGAGUAGCUGGCAGGCGCAGGAGUGCUACACGCUUGACAAAUCCACCAGGAUCAUCACACCCACCACACCAUGUGGCGCGGCCUUCGUGUCGGCUCCCCCAGACACCUCCAUCAUCUUCCAGUUUUCAUUCACGCCUCCCGACAGAGUGUUCCAAAAACUCAUCUUCGGUGACAUAACGUUCAACGUUAAAAUUAACGAAAACGGCACAUGCCGAUCUAUCAGCAAAAACCAGCUGGGGCAUUACUCACAGACGGGAUCCAACAUCCCCGUGGUGGUGCACUACUACCGGACCAACGUCAGUGAGGCCAACCACAUCGUCAACGAAGGCGGCGCGGUGCGGUUCUACGAGAACGAGAGAGAUCUGAUUGACAUCAAGGAGGUGUGGCAGAAUGGCUGGAUGGACUGCGUAACAAAGGGCAGUCACGGCCCCCACUACGACGUACAGAUUAACCCCCCUUGCAGCACAACACAGCUUACACCUUAACGAAAACAAAUUUCAUAGCUAAUCUACCAGAACCUAUGAGUGACGGUUGGAAAAUGAUAUUGAAUGGAUUGGUUUAUGUAGACAACGUGUUUGUUUUAAGGUUAACACAUGCGAAGAAUAUUCACAUGACCAUGGGGGUGAGGUUCAACAACCAUGACAUGAAACGCCAAGUUGUCUUUAACUCGUAUAUGAAUGACCGAUGGAAUCGCACCGUUGAGACUGACACAUUUCCCUUUGAAUUAAGGAAGCCGUACAGACUUGAGAUACAGCUGGAUGGAGAUGUGUUUAAGGUUAGCGCCAAUAACGUUGAUACCUACGACUUCCCAGUGAAGUCACCUGAAAAGAUAACAGAAGUCAAAAUCCUCUUUGACACCACCAUUACAAAACUAGCAUUCGAAUACUAAACCGACGAACUCGCGGAUAUUCCAGACUAAACACCCCAAUAAUUAUGUUUAAAUAAAACACACUUGUGUUUAAA